GUCCCACCCCAGCCAACACUUUGGGGUCCUUUUACAGUUGGAGCCCCUCGCAUCUGGGUGGGCUAACGCAGCUCCCCCUCCCACCUCCCAGCACAUCUGGGAAGCUGUGCCCGAUCGUGUGGUGCUCACCGUUUCGUCCCGGCAGCACUGACAUCAGCACGGCUUCCUGCCACCGUCACCACCACGCUGCGCUCAUCCCGUACCCCACAGCCCCACACUGCGGGGCAGCAAGCCCCAGGCAGUCCCCCACCCUGGCACGGUGGCCCCCCUGGGACCCUAACCACCGCCCAGUGACAGCCGGCGCCAUGGAGUCGGUGGCUCUGUACAACUUCCAGGCGACGGAGAAAGACGAGCUGCCCUUUCAGAAAGGGGACACCCUAAAGAUCCUCAACAUGGAAGAUGACCAGAACUGGUACAAGGCUGAGCUGUAUGGCCGCGAGGGCUUCAUCCCCAAAAAUUACAUCAAGGUCAAGCCACACCCGUGGUACGCGGGCAGGAUCUCCCGGCACCUGGCAGAGGAGCGGCUCCUCCAGCGCCAGCACCUGGGAGCCUUCCUGAUCCGCGACAGCGAGAGCAGCCCAGGGGAGUUCUCCAUCUCCGUCAACUACGGGCAGGACGUCCAGCACUUCAAGGUGCUCAGGGAAAGGAAUGGCAAAUAUUUCCUCUGGGAGGAAAAGUUCAACUCCCUGAAUGAGCUGGUGGAUUUCUACAGGACGACCACCAUCGCCAAAAAGCAGCAGAUUUUCCUCCGGGACGAGGACCAGACCCAGGAGGUGAGGAGACCCAAAUUCGUGCAAGCACAGUUUGACUUCUCGGCCCAUGACGGCUCCCAGCUGCCCUUCUUCCGCGGGGACAUCAUCGAGGUCCUGGACUGCCCCGACCCCAACUGGUGGCAGGGGAAGAUCUACGGGCGCAUCGGCCUCUUCCCCCGCAACUACGUCCACCCCAUCCACAAGUGACGGGAGCACCACAGCCCCCGCUGCCCCCACUCACCGGAGCUGCUUUGCGCCCACACACAGACCACACGUCCCUCUGUCCCCACGAAGGGUGACUGUCCCAACACUGGGGCUGCCGAUGCAUGUGGUCCUGGUGCUGUGUGGGCUGUGCCAUUGGUAGAGUGAUUUCCAUCCAGGGGCUGCCUGGCUCCCGGCACCCCAAAACAUCAGCCUUGGCUCUCUGUGCUGCCCUCGACGCAGGAGACCCCAAUGGUCCCAGGGCAGGCAUUGCCUCUGCCUGUGGGUGCUCUCCGGAGUGGGAGCACAGCGCAUUGAACUGGGGCCAUAAAAACUUAUCUGAAGCCGUGACCCAGCAGGGUGGCAGCAAUGGAGGGGAUGAGCACCUGUGCCCCAAACCUUGGCUCCUCUCUGGACCCUGGAAGCGAGGCCCCAGGUAACACUGCAGAGGGGUGUGGGGGCUCAAGGCUGGUCUGGGGAGAUUCAGUCCUGCCAGUGCUGUUCAUAACUGCAAAUUGUGGCUUUUGUUUUAAUAUUAUAUUUUUAUUUAGAGCUAGUAAAACGUGUUUGAGUGACACCCUUG